CUUUAAAGCAGCCUGCGAUCAUCAAUAGAUCUCCCCCAGCAGGAAUUGAGGACACUUACUGGCGAGUACUUGCUACUCAACUCAACCUCAGCAGAUAUCACACAGGGUUCACAGAUAAGGCUGCAUCCGCAAGUUCCUCUAUUGCCUGCAAGGUCGACCUUUUAUUUGACUCAUAACACUUACUACCAGACCUUCGGACUACUUACACGCUCGUCCUCAAAUUCUCGCCCAGACUUCUGAAUAGAGCCUCAACUGCGAGUCUCCCUAACCCUCGAGACCACUCUCAACACCCCACAGCCAUGCCAUCACCAAUCCCAGAACCCUCAAACCCCCUCCCCACCAAACGCAAGCAACCCGCCUCAUCCCCCAACCCCGAAUCCAGUGAACCCAACGAAUCCAAACGCACCGAACCCAAACGUUCCAAGCCCACCGCUCCAACCCUCACUUUAACAAACCACACAGGCGACAUCUUCUCCGCACCCCCAAACACCCUCCUCAUCCACGCGUGCAACACGCAAGGCUCCUGGGGCGCCGGCAUCGCGGCCGCCUUUCGCGACCGCUACCCCAACGCCUACCUUCAAUACCGGUCCCACUGCCUCAAAGCCCACGACCCGAGGGCUAAUCCAGUGCCAACGGGUUCUUGUCUCCUGAUUCCGCCUUGUGAGACGGGGGAUGUGCCGAGGCAUUGGAUUGGGUGUUUGUUUACCAGUGCAAAGUAUGGGAGGGCGAAGGACAGGCCGGAUGUUAUUCUAACAAAUACCGGGCCGGCAAUGAGAGAUUUAUUGGAGGAGGUUAGGGCGAGGGAGAUGGGGACCGAAGGAGAGGGGGAGGUGGUGAGUGGGAUAAGGAUGUGUAAGAUUAAUUCCGCAAGAUUUGGGGUGCCGUGGCAUAGGACGGUGGAGGUGUUGGAAGGAAUUGUUGUUGAGGAAGGCUGGAAGGGGGAUGCGGAGGUUUGGUCUAUUGAUUAGUGAGAGGGGCUAAAGGGACUUGUUGAUUUGGGGAGUCCGGUUUGAAAAGACGUUGGUUUGUGAGGUUGUGGGUAUGGCAUUUGGGUUCAAUUGCGUAUAAUUUUUUGCUGGAGACAUGAGAGUACUAGUUAUUUUGGUAUCGUACCUGC